AUGUACUUUGACGGGGCCUUUCUGUCUGAACGAGGUGGUGCUGGUGUAGUAUUUCUGACCCCUCAAGAUGGCGUCAUUCCCUUGUCCUUCUCCCUUGCAAAGGCCGACUCGCACAAUGAGGCUAAGUAUCAAGCCCUCAUAAUAGGGCUCGAUGUCACCUUAGACCUCGAACUGGAACGGUUAGCCAUUUUUGGUGAUUCCGAGCUAGUAAUACAGCAGCUCAAAGGGAUAUACGAUGUGAGAAAAGACAGCCUCAAGCCUUAUCAUGACACUGCUAAGACCCUGAUGGCGAACCUCGAUGACUUUUCCAUAGGGCACAUUAACAGAAGGUUGAAUUCUCAAGCUGAUGUCGUUGCCAUACUCGGUGCCACUAUCCAAAUCUCCUCGAAAGAACCCACGCCUAUGUGGGUAGCAGAGUGA